ACUCUUGAAUCUAUACAUGCUAUGGAUAUGAAGUUAUUACCACAGCAUCAGAAUUCUUUCAACCUCAGUACCACACUAUUCCUAUUAUGCAACAUUACUCUCAUCGUUUCUUAUAUAUCCAUGAGCCUUGCUGAUGACAACAGAUCAAGUGACGGGCUGGCAUUACUUGCUUUCAAAAAUGAAAUAACUCAAGAUCCACUCGGAGUACUGAGGUCAUGGAACAACAUCAACAAAUCUCUUCAUUUCUGCGAAUGGAGAGGUGUGACAUGCAGUCGUCGUCAUCAUAGUAGAGUUACCAUGAUUGAUCUUCGGUCACAAAAAUUAGUAGGUUCCAUAUCUCCUCAUAUCGGAAACCUUAGCUUUCUUAAGGUUCUCUACCUCCAUAACAACAAUUUAAAUGGGAAAAUCCCACAACAAAUAGGUCGUCUUUUUCGAUUGACACAAUUGGUUCUUACAAAUAAUUCCUUGGGAGGAGAAAUUCCGCACAAUAUUUCUCGUUGUUCCAAACUCAGAUACAUUAGUUUAUCUGGCAACAAUCUUUCCGGAAGCAUUCCAACUUGGUUAGGCUCCUUACCUAAUCUCCAAAUGAUAUGGAUGUCUUAUAAUAAUCUUUCGGGAGAGAUCCCAGCUUCAUUAGGUAACCUUUCAUCAACUCUUACUACUCUUGCUCUUUUUUAUAACAAUUUGGAGGGAAGAAUCCCAAACUCUCUAAGUCGAUUAACAAACUUGAAGUUACUGGCUCUAGAUGCGAAUGGGUUAACAGGUACUGUCCCUUCUUCACUCUACAAUAUCUCAUCAUUUGAAGAGUUUUCAUUGAUGAAUAAUCAACUCCAUGGUAGUAUUCCUUUUGAUAUUGGUUCCACACUUCCAAAUCUAAUCUAUUUUUCACUUUCCGGAAAUUAUUUCACCGGAAACAUUCCAAGUUCAUUGUCCAAUAUGUCGAGACUUAUACAUCUUCAGUUGCAAAUCAAUAACUUGGUUGGUUCGGUACCUUAUAACCUUGGCAACUUAUUAAGUCUUCGAAAUUUAAAUUUAGAUAGAAAUAAACUUGGAAGUGGACAAGCGAAUGAUCUAAACUUCGUCAAUUCUCUGGUCAAUUGUACCAAUUUGAGGAUUAUAUGUCUAGGAAUCAAUAAUUUUGGAGGUGUCUUACCUAACUCAAUAGCCAAUCUCACAACAAAUCUUGUUGAACUAGACCUCAGUGAGAAUCAGAUAUAUGGAAGUAUUCCUCUAGGCAUUCAAAAUCUUCAAGGUUUAACGAAGCUAAUCUUGUAUUCAAACCGAUUGACAGGAAGUAUUCCUCCUGGCAUUGGGCUCCUACAAAACUUGGGAUUAUUAGCUUUGCGUAGUAACGAACUAUCUGGUCCCAUCCCCUUUUCAUUUGGUAACUUAACACGAUUGAUUCGACUCUAUCUAAAUGAAAAUAGCUUAACAGGUUUAGUUCCAUCAAGUCUUGAAAAUUGUAAGUUUUUGCAGGUCGUGCACCUGCAAACCAAUAGACUAAGUGGUAGUAUACCCAAACAAUUUUUUGAACUUCCUUCUUUAUCAAUUAGUCUAGCCUUGAGUGAUAACUUAUUUACUGGUGAACUUCCUACGGAAGUUGGUAAGUUAAAAGACCUUGGGAAGCUGUACCUUCAAAGAAACAGAUUAUCUGGGGACAUCCCAAGUACCAUAGGCGAGUGUUUAAGCUUAACAAAAUUAGGAUUGGAUGGUAACUUCUUCCAGGGAAACAUCCCUUCAGCUAUUACUUCCUUGAAAGGUCUUGAAAGCUUAGGUCUUUCCCACAAUAAUUUGUCUGGUAUAAUUCCCAAGGGCCUUGAGAAUCUAACGACGCUCAGUGAAUUAGAUUUAUCAUAUAAUAAUUUGGAAGGAGCGGUGCCAAAACAAGGAGUUUUCAGGAAUGCAAGUAAAUUUUCAGUUAGAAGGAAUGGUAAGCUUUGUGGUGGUAUACCUGUCUUGAAGUUGCCGGAUUGCUCUGCAGGAUUAUAUCCAACUAGUAAGAAGCAAAAAGACAAGAAAUCAAUGCCUGCUAAAGUUAUUAUUAUCAUCAUAGUUGUGGUUUUGUUUUUAGCUUUCAUUGUGAUUUUUCUCACUAUUUACUGGACAAAGCUGUCGAAAACCAAACUGCCUUCAACUGCUUUAGACACAGGUAUAAGGUUCAAAGGUGUUUCUUACAAUGAGCUUCUUAAAGCUACCAAUGGAUUCAACGAAUUCACCAACUUGCUUGGUGCCGGAAGUUUUGGUUCUGUGUAUAAGGGAACUUUUUCACAAGAUGAAUCGAAACCUGUUGCAGUGAAGGUUCUAAACCUGCAACAAAAGGGUGCAACUAAGAGUUUCAUGGCUGAAUGUGAUGCUCUGAGGAAAAUUAGACAUAGAAAUUUACUCAAGAUUGUAACUUGUUGUUCGAGUAUUGAUUUUCAAGGUAAUCCUUUCAAAGCUCUAGUUUUCGAGUUCAUGGCUAACGGGAGUUUAGAGAAUUGGUUGCACCCAGCCGCAAGUGAUCCAAACAACAACAAUCAGUUACCAUUGAAGAAUUUGAACCUGGAAAGAAGAUUGAGCAUUGCAGUUGAUGUUGCUUCUGCAUUAAAUUAUCUUCACCAUGAUUCUCAAUCACCCAUUGUGCAUUGUGAUCUGAAGCCAAGCAACGUCCUCCUAGAUGAUGAUUUAACUGCCCAUGUGGGUGAUUUUGGCUUGGCUAAAUUCCUAAUCAGUCCCUCCAGUAAUUCUAGACAGCUGAAUCAACAAGAUGCAAGCUCAAUUGCGAUAAAAGGAUCCAUUGGUUAUGUUUCUCCAGAAUAUGGAAUGGGCGGUGAAGUGUCUACACAAGGUGAUGUGUACAGUUAUGGGAUUCUUUUGCUAGAGAUGUUGACAGGAAAGAGACCAACUAAUGACAUGUUUAAGGAUGGUCUAAACAUUCAUAGCUUCUGUAAGAUGCAUGUAUUGCCAGAGAACGUUGUGGAGAUAAUCGAUUCGCGUUUAGGAGUUCACCCUGAUGAUAAUGCAAGUGAUCCGAUGAGAAAUAUCUUAGCUUCCAUGAUUCAGAUUGGUGUCAAAUGUUCUUCGGAGUUACCUUCAGAUAGAAGCAGCAUGAAUGAGGUUGUUGUGGAUGUUCAAGCAGUUAAGAAUCAGUUUAUGGUGUUGCAAUGUAAUCAAUAAGUAGAACUCCUUUCAUAAUCCACGUAGUCCUAUAAUAAUAAUUAAUCUGUAUUUGCGGGCUAUUUUCACAUGUAUUUAAUUUGUGUUCUGUCCAUCAUAUCUUGGUUGAUUACUCUUUCCUAAUAAAUUGUUCGAGUUCCCUUC